AUGACCCUCAAACUUUCACUAUGCACUUUCGUGGCUUUCAUGGUCUUCUCCUUUUUCAGUCUGGCAGACUGCAGAGCUAGCUCUAAGGAACGUGCAGUUGGAGUUCCGCACCACCUCAAGCGUGACACCAGCCCCCUCUAUCGCGGCUGGGCCCUUAGUAUCCCCACUGAAUGUCCCAAGAACACCUUCCGUUGCGGCAAAGCCACCUGCUGCCCGGACAACUCUUGGUGUGGUACUGAGCAGAACACCAAUUCCAACAUCUGUUGUCCCGAGGAGGCCGGGUGCGGCUUCCAAGUUGCGUUGGACAGCCGGUGUGCAGACACGAGCUGGGUGCUGUGGGAAACCAACAAAGAUCCUAUUUGUUGUUUGGAGGGUCAGACAGGAGUCCAGCCUGCGGCUGCUGACUAUUAUGGCAAGUGUGUGCCGGCAGCAUCGAGUGUGGCGAGUGAGAGUCUUGCAACCAUGAUCGGUAGCGGUCCAACCGCUUUUAUUCCAAUUCCCUCGAACCUUUGUGGCACAACGGCUCCUCCGCCAACAGUGAGCAUUAUGAAAAGAAGCAAAGCGACCGUUGCAGCACGUCUUAAGGUCUAG